UGAUCAAUCUAUUUGGUGUGACCGUCGGUGACGGUGAGUUUACAUAUCACCAUGUCAUUUUCUUUCACUUGCUUCCUCUUGCUUCUUCUUUUGGCCUUUUACUCCGUUUUAGCUUCAGCAAAAUCUGCUGAGAGCUACGCUCAUAAUGGUGGUGAAGAUAAGAAAUACAAUUCAUCGCGGCCUGAUGAAGGUGACGAUAAUAAGGAACACAGUUCAUCGCCGCCUGAAGGUAGCGAUGAUGAUGAUGGUGCUAUAUUCACCUUGGAGGCACCGAACUUGGAAGAAACCAUUCUGGAGAAUCUCCUGUCCUUUGGCCACUAUCGCAAAACUUGUGCACAGUUCGAAUCCAUUGUGCACCGAAAAGUAAAUGAAUGGGUUAAAAAGGAUCGUACUCUCGGUGCCAGUCUCAUGAGGUUGCACUUCCAUGACUGCAUUGUGAGGGGAUGUGAUGCCUCAGUUCUGUUAAACCACGAAACAAGCGAGAGAAGAGCAAAUGCGAGCAAGACAUUGAGAGGGUUCGAAGUGAUAGACGAAAUCAAAGGCGAGCUGGAGAAGCAAUGUCCCAAAACGGUGUCGUGUGCUGACAUUUUGACGGCCGCAACCAGAGAUGCCACCGUCGCAUUGGGCGGCCCGUAUUGGGCAGUGCCCUAUGGCCGGAAAGAUGGACGAGUUUCGAUCGCCGAAGAAGCCGAGACAGUGCCAAUGGGUCAUGAAGACAUUACUUCUUUGCUUGAACUUUUCCAAUCCAAGGGUUUGAAUGUUCUUGACUUGGUCGUUCUCUCAGGAGCACAUACUACUGGGAGGGCAUCUUGUGGUUGCAUUCAAGAUCGGAUCUUCAACUACAAAGGAACCCAAAAACCCGACCCGUCCAUAGAUCCAAAGUACCUCGACUUCUUGCAAAGAAAGUGUAGAUGGUCUUCAGAAUAUGUUUAUCUUGAUGCUAUCACACCAACAACCUUUGACCCUGUCUACUACCUCAAUCUCAAGAAGAAAAUGGCACUCUUGUCCACAGAUCAAAUGUUGUACUCUGAUUCAAGAACCUUACCUCUUGUUUCGGCUUUGGUCGGCACGACGUCGUCGCUUUUUAACCACCAGUUUGCUGUCUCCAUGGCAAAGCUUGGCAAUGUUGGUGUGCUUACUGAUGAAGAUGAUGGAGAAAUCAGAACCAACUGUAAUUAUGUCAAUGCUUAUUGAUAUAUUUGUUUUGUUGUUCUUGUGUAUUUAAUGUUCUUCUCUGUUUGGUUCCUUGUUUAAAAAUUCUGUAUUCGGAUCCUU